ACAUGUCACGUGAUUUGAAGCAGUUGCUGCUUAUGACGUCAUAUGUCACGUGAUUUGAAGCAAGCUUCGAAGCACUGUUGGGUUGAAGUUCGAAGCUUCAGUGUCAAACUGCUAUCACUAGCUUGAACCACCUCAACUAAGCGCUAACGUUCGUUACUUCUAAAACGGCGAGGUAGUUAGCUUCAACUGCUACAUUAUUCUACAACCUGCUCCUACAUUUAGCAAUGAAGGAGAUUAUGAAGUGUGUGAGCCACCAGCAGGCCAGCCAACUGCUGCAUAACAAGUUCAUUGUGGUUCUGGGAGACUCCAUUCAGAGGGCUGUUUACAAGGACCUUGUCCUGCUGUUGCAGAAGGACAAAUAUCUGUCUUUAAAACAACUGAAGACCAAGGGUGAGAUGAGCUUUGAAGAGGACUGCCUGGUGGAAGGAGGUUGUAAGAGUCUGAUGCACAAUGGAACGGGGUACAGGGAGGUUCGGCAGUAUCAGUCCGAUCACCACCUGGUCCGCUUCUACUUCGUGACCCGCAUCUACUCUUCCUACAUGAAGAGCAUCCUAGAGGACUUCCGCAACGGAUUGAAACCAGAUGUACUCAUUGUCAACUCCUGCGUUUGGGAUAUUUCAAGAUACAAUUCCAGUUGGCUUGAUACCUAUAAGGAGAACCUACACACGUUCUUUGGUGAGCUGCGUGGGAUUCUGCCAGAGGAAACGCUGGUGAUCUGGAACAUCACCAUGCCAUUGGGAGAGAGGAUCAACGGUGGUUUCCUGGUACAGGAGAUUGAGCACAAGGCCUCCCACUUGCGUUAUGAUGUGAUCGAUGCCAACUUCUUCAGCGGGACUCUGGCUGACGCCUAUGGGAUGGAUGCGUUGGACCUCCACUUCCAUUUCCGCUUCUCCCUGCAGCAUCGCACGAAGGACGGAGUCCACUGGAACACCAUAGCCCACCGGAAAAUCACCUCUCUGCUGCUCCAGCACGUUGCACGGGCAUGGGGCGUCCUUCUGCCCUGUCCACUGAAAACUGUUGAACUUUCUGAGAUUACUGCUCAGCAGCCAACCAAUGAAAAUGCUACCAAACCUGAAGGGGUAAAACGAGCAAAACGAGCAAAGCGUGCCUCUUACAACUACCAGAAUACCUCAAAUGUGUGGGAUCGACUACAACCAAUGAGAGGCUACCACCACGACAACAGGCAGGAGUCCUGGAACGAUUCCUUCUCCUUUGGCUACAUGAACACCGAGAACAUCCCACCACCACCACCGCCUCACCUGUCCUACAACAGACAUGGAUAUUUUAGAAGCGGUUACCAAUUCAGGCCUCCCCACCACCUUGAUCCCUACUACGAGACGCAGCAUCAGUACGUGAUGAGGAACAGACACGCAAGGCACAUCUACGCUCCCUACACCCAGCACAGACCCACUGCAGGCCAGGGUGGUCACUACUACUGAGGCAGGGAGAUUUUCCAAGAUUAAGAUUCAGAUCUUUAUCUUGCAUUGUGCAUUUGUUACAUUUUAGCUGUUCAAAUUUCACGUUUGUGUCUUUUGUUCCCUGGCAUGAAAUGUAGAUUUUAAAUAUAUUUUCCAUUUAAGAGAUUUUUAUACUUGUGUUCUAUUAAA